GCCAAGAACCAACCGCCCGCCAUGCCAGCCCGGACCGGCAGCGCCGCCGCCGCCUCCUCCCCCUCUUCCUCCUCCCCCCUGCCCGAGGACAUCAAGAGACGACUUCAGGCCCUUGAAGAUAAAGUCGAUGGCCUUACGGAGAAGGAAUGUAUUAAAGAGAAACUGAGUUUACUACAUGGCUUUUUGCAAGCAGAUGUGCAGAAUAAUCUCAACGAACUGGAAACAAAAUUUCAGAAAGAUGAGCUGUCAGAGGAGGGAUACUUCGCCAAAGUCAAGGUGCUGCUCAGCCAGGAGCCGCCUGUGGAGAAUGGCGAUUCCGAGCUGGGUCCAAAUGCCAAUGGCUGCGCUGAAAAUGGUGCCCGCAGCGGCAAGAAGGACGACGAUCGAGACAAAGCCAACGGAGUGGCGGGCGAGAGAAACGGCCAAGAGCAGAACCUCAUGGAGACUGGAGGGGAGGACCCCACCCCCCAGGCCGCCAAGAGCCGCGGGAAACGUCAGAGUAAAAGCAAUGGAGAUAACAGACGGACAUCGGGAAGUCCACGGAUUACUAGGAACUCGAUGAAGCAACAAGCUACCAUUACAUCCAUGUUUGCUAAAGCAGCGAACAAACGCAAGUCCGAGGAGCUGAACGAUGAAGAACAGGUGCCUGUUAAGAAGGAAGAGGAAAGUGAAGAGCAGGAAGAACAGGACGAAAAGCGAAUUAAAGUGGAAUCGGAAGAAACACUGCCUGAAGGGGCUGAAACCAAUGCUGACCGGAAACCUAAAGCUGAUCAAACUCCUAAAACACCGCCUCCCAAGUGCGUGGAUUGCAAACAGUUCCUGGAUGACCCGGACCUCAAGUACUUCCAGGGCGACCCUGACGAUGCACUGGAGGAGCCCGAGAUGCUGACUGACGAGCGCUUGUCGCUGUUUGAAGGCACGCACGACGAAGGGUUUGAAAGUUAUGAUGACCUUCCUCAGCACAAAGUUACCUCCUUCAGUAUUUAUGAUCGGAAAGGACACUUGUGUCCGUUUGACACGGGUCUGAUUGAGAGGAAUGUGGAGCUGUAUUUUAGCGGGGUCGUGAAACCCAUCUAUGACGACAACCCCUGCCUGGACGGGGGAGUCAAAGCAAAAAAGCUAGGUCCGAUAAACGCCUGGUGGAUUACUGGCUUUGAUGGAGGUGAAAAGGCCUUAAUCGGAUUCACUACGGCGUUUGCUGAUUAUAUCUUGAUGGAUCCCCGUGAGGAGUAUGCAGCCAUCUUUGCUGUGAUGCAGGAGAAAAUCCACAUGAGCAAGAUCGUCAUCGAGUUUGUGCAGAACAAUCCCGACUCCACUUACGAAGACCUGCUGAAUAAAAUCGAGACCACAGUGCCUCCGGCUGGGCUGAGCUUCAGUCGCUUCACUGAGGAUUCGCUGCUGCGACAUGCACAGUUCGUGGUGGAGCAGGUCGAGAGUUACGAUGAAGCCGGAGAUGUGGAUGAGCAGCCGAUCAUCAUAAUUCCCUGCAUGAGAGACCUGAUCAAACUGGCCGGUGUCACCCUCGGGAAAAGGCGAGCAGCAAGGAGGCAAGCCAUCAGACAUCCCACCAAGAUUGAUAAGGACAAGGGCCCUACCAAAGCCACCACCACCAGUCUCGUCUAUCAGAUCUUCGAUACUUUCUUCUCCGAGCAGAUUGAUCAGAAUGACAAAGAAAACGGUCUGAAGCGCCAGCGGUGCGGAGUGUGCGAGGUUUGCCAACAGCCCGACUGUGGGAAGUGCAGAGCUUGUAAGGACAUGGUGAAGUUCGGAGGUAGUGGUCGCAGUAAACAGGCCUGCUUGCAGAGAAGGUGCCCGAACCUGGCCGUGAAGGAAGCUGACGAUGACGAAAAUGACGAAGAGGAUUCGGAGACGGUCGGUGAAGUCUGUCCCAAGAAGAUACUGCAGGCCAGGAAAAAGAAACAGUCUAAGAACCGCAUCUGCUGGAUCGGAGAAGCCAUCAAGUCUGACGGAAGAAAAACCUAUUACCAGAAGGUGUCUGUUGACGACGAGCUCUUUGCAAUCAAUGACUGUGUUGUUGUCAGCCCCGAUGACCCCACCAAACCCCUCUACCUGGCGAGGAUCACGUCCAUGUGGGAGGAGGGCGUUUGUAAGAUGUUCCACGCCCACUGGUUCUGCCGUGGCACCGACACAGUGUUGGGAGAGACGUCCGACCCACUCGAGCUCUUCCUGGUGGAUGAGUGCGAGGACAUGCAGCUGUCUUAUGUGGACAGUAAAGUGACCGUCAUCUACAAGGGACCCUCCAAGAACUGGGAGCUGGAGGGUGAACCUGAAAAUCACUUUGAGCUGAAGGUUGUUGACGAUGACGGGAAAACCUAUUUCUACCAGAUGUGGUACGACCCGGAAUAUUCCAGAUUCCAAAUGCCUCCGAGCUGCGAGCCCACAGAGGAGAACAAGCACAAGUUCUGUGCCAGUUGUAGCCGGCUCGCCGAGAUCCGGCAGCGAGAGAUGCCGCGAGUCAUGGAGUCGGUGGAUGCGAAGGACGACUCAAAGGUCUUCUACUCCUUGGCGUCCAAGAACGGAACCCAGUACCGAGUCGGUGAUGGCGUUUACCUGCUCCAGGAUUCCUUCUCGUUCAGUGUGAAACCAUCCAGCCCGGGCAAGCGGCCGAUCAAGAAAGAUGACGUGGACGAGGACCUGUACCCGGAGUAUUACCGCAAGUCCUCGGAUUACAUCAAGGGCAGCAAUCUCGACGCCCCCGACCCCUUCCGCAUCGGCCGCAUCCAGGAGAUCUUCUGCCACAAGCGCAGCAACGGCAAGCCCAACGAGGCGGACAUCAAACUGCGUAUCAAUAAAUACUACAGGCCUGAGAACACUCACAAAGGGCUGAAAGCCAGUUACCACACAGACAUCAACCUGCUGUACUGGAGCGAUGAGGAAGUGGUGGUUGACUUCAAGGACGUGCAGGGGCGCUGCAGGGUGGAGUACGGGGAGGAUCUGACGACAGAGAACAUUCAUGAAUACUCUGCUGGAGGGACCGACAGGUUCUAUUUCCUGGAGGCCUACAAUGCCAAGACGAAGAGCUAUGAAGAUCCGCCAAACCGUGCCCGCAGUUCAGCAAACAAAGGGAAGGGCAAGGGGAAAGGCAAAGGUAAAGGCAAGAGCAAAGCCACAGCCGAACCAGAGCAAACGGAGCAGGAGAAUGCGGAGAGCAAAUUCCAAAAGCUUCGCAGCCUCGAUGUCUUCUCGGGUUGCGGAGGGCUCUCUGAAGGAUUCCAUCAGGCAGGCAUCUCGGAGACACUGUGGGCCAUCGAGAUGUGGGAGCCGGCGGCCCAGGCCUUCCGGCUGAACAACCCGGGAGCCACGGUGUUCACAGAGGAUUGUAACGUGCUGCUGAAGCUGGUGAUGGCGGGGGAGAAGACCAACUCGCUGGGGCAGAAGCUGCCACAGAGGGGUGACGUGGAGCUGCUGUGCGGAGGGCCUCCCUGCCAGGGAUUCAGCGGGAUGAACCGCUUCAAUUCCCGCACUUACUCCAAAUUCAAGAACUCUCUGGUCGUCUCUUACCUCAGUUACUGUGACUAUUACCGGCCGAGAUUUUUCCUCCUGGAGAAUGUGAGGAAUUUUGUGUCUUUCAAGCGCUCGAUGGUUCUGAAACUCACUCUCCGGUGCCUGGUCCGAAUGGGCUACCAGUGCACCUUCGGGGUGCUGCAGGCUGGUCAAUAUGGCGUGGCCCAGACCCGCAGGCGAGCCAUCGUGCUGGCUGCAGCCCCUGGAGAGAAGCUACCCCUCUUCCCCGAGCCUCUACACGUCUUUGCCCCCAGGGCCUGUCAGCUCAGCGUGGCCGUGGACGAUAAGAAGUUCUUCAGCAACAUAACCCGGACGAAGUCGGCCCCCUACAGAACCAUCACCGUGCGAGACACCAUGUCCGACCUCCCCGAGAUCCGGAACGGAGCCUCGGCGCUGGAGAUCUCGUACAACGGGGAGCCUCAGUCGUGGUUCCAGCGGCAGAUCCGCGGCACACAAUACCAGCCCAUCCUGCGCGAUCACAUCUGUAAGGAUAUGAGUGCCUUAGUGGCGGGGAGAAUGAGACACGUCCCCCUGGCGCCCGGUUCCGACUGGCGUGACCUGCCGAACAUCGAGGUACGUCUGUCUGACGGCACCAUGACCAAGAGGCUACGGUACACUCACCGCGACAAGAAGAAUGGCUACAGCAGCACUGGGGCGCUGCGCGGGGUCUGCUCCUGUGCAGAAGGCAAGCCUUGUGACUCUGCAGACAGGCAGUUUAACACCCUGAUUCCCUGGUGCCUGCCUCACACUGGCAACAGACACAACCACUGGGCCGGGCUGUACGGCAGGCUGGAGUGGGACGGAUUCUUCAGCACCACAGUCACCAACCCUGAGCCCAUGGGCAAGCAGGGUCGGGUGCUACACCCCGAACAGCACCGUGUGGUCAGCGUGAGGGAGUGCGCGCGCUCCCAGGGAUUCCCAGACACCUACAGGUUCUUUGGAAACAUUCUAGACAAGCACAGACAGGUCGGCAACGCUGUGCCACCCCCCUUGGCUAAAGCCAUCGGCACGGAGAUGAAACUGCACAUGACUGAGAACAUGAAAGAGAAAGAGAACGCAGCAGAAGCCGUCAAGCAAGAGAGCAUGGACAUCGCGGAGUGACUCCUCCGCCGGGCGCUCUCUCCCAGGGAAAUCUUCACUCGCUGAGUUCAGGGCAGGAAUAAGAAUGAUUCCCAUGGUCUGGGAAUCACUGGUAUCUUUCGCUGGCUGGCACUGUGCGCUGGUGAAGAUGUAACCUCAAUUUUAGCUAAAAAAUUGAACUUUGUUUCUCCCCCCCACCCCCCCAUCCUCUUUUUCUCCC